UAGCUCAGCACGAAGAGACGCUUCCUCUUCAGCUUCAUCGUUGCCUCGCUGUGGAUAUCCAAUGUCGCGGAGCUAGGGUGGUGGGCUAUCACAGAGGGUGGGAGUCAAUGACGGUGGUGCCCAGUAAGCCGGAAGCGACAAGGCGAUCGCUGAGUGGCAGGACGCGCUUACUUCCUUCACAAGAGAGGCUGUGCGUAUCACCCACGAACCACCCAAUACUACGACACGACCAACGUAAACGUUUGCAAACAUGAACAAGCUCGCGUUAACCUGCUUCGCGUUGUCGCUUCUUGGAGUAUCUGCAUCUUAUCACGAACGCGCCGGCGCGCAAGACGUCAUCGCCAAGCUUGGACUGGAGCCAAACCCUGAAAAGGGUUAUUACCGACAAACGUUUGAAGACACUGGAAGUAUUGGCAAUCGCUCGUACUCAACUGCCAUCUACUAUCUUCUCGAGGGCCAGGCUGGCCCAUCCUACUGGCACCGGGUCACCGAUGCCGUCGAAAUUUGGCACUACUAUGCUGGCGCGCCCAUGAGGCUGGAGCUGUCGUGGAAUAAUGGGACAGCAACCCAACAACAGACUUUAGGCAGCGACAUUUUCAGAAAUCAAACUCCACAGGUCAUCAUAGAUAAAGGACAGUGGCAGCGGGCGACUAGUCUCGGACAUUGGACGUUGGUGGGCACGACAGUUGCGCCCGGCUUUUCGGAAAAUGGGUAUGAGUUGCCAGCGCCAGGUUUCCAGCCAGACGAUGGCCAUCGAACAAGAUAAUUCCACGAGGUCACACGAGAGACAUACCAGGGCUAGAAAGUCUCCAGGUUUCCUACUCAUCUUGUAUUGAAAACAGUGCUCGACGUCAAAUCUUACGAAUC